UUGGAAAUAUUCCUGCUUACAUCUCUAGAACAAUAGAGUGCCGCGUAGGGUGUUUGCAGUUCUCUGGAAGGCUGGUCAGCAAUAGAUCACGGAGGCAAACUAUCAGCGGAAUGAACAAGAUAUAUACUUAACCGACAUCUUGGACAUGGUUUCCACAAAGCAGACGGUCCUAACUGCAUCUCUUGUCUUUACAAAAUUAGCUGCUUCCUGAACGUGUUGCCUUUGCCACUGUAAUAAUCAUCUUGAAAAAAUGGCAGAUGCUUCCGACUUCGCCCUGGAACCACCGUUUGCCCAAAAAUUCAAGCCAUCUCGUGCCAAGGAGAUUAUUGGCACUGUGCUUGUUGCACGACUGUCAGGGCAGCAGUACCACGCCGACAACACGUCCUCCUGGGCACGCGAGAUAGCGGACGAGAUCAAGAACAAACUCAAAGAGGAGAACUGGAGCCGAUACAAAUUCGUCGUCCAGGUAUUUAUUGCAGAACAGCGUGGAGAAGGUGUCCGGUUGGCAUGCAGAGGGUUUUGGGACCCAAGCACCGACAACUACGCGCACGACACAUUCUCUAACGAGAGCCUGUUCUGUGUGGCAACAGCUUUCGGCGUUUACUUGUAUUAGGCCUCCUGUACACAUUUACAGGGGCGACUGAGAUCCCCGCUGCCGCUACAGAACGUUAGGCAUAUGGGUGGGAGCGGCAACAGAGCUACCGCCCUUCGGAGGAUGACAGUCUCAUAACUCUGGUACAGCAGUCAGGAGGCUGGCGGCACAUCGGACAUCGCCGGUUGGCCAGCUCAAUAGAUAACUUUGAUGUACAAGAGCUCUUCUGUAAAUAGUGGCUUGCGGCAAGGCAUAUGAGCUGUCGGUGUCCUUGAGGAUCAACUGGGUGCCGUACAUAGGACUCGGCGCGAUAGUUAGGCGUGGAUGUGAGGAUGCUGAGCUGGAUCCGACAGACUGUAAAACACAGUGGUUACCGCUGUGGAGCAGGUGUAUAGUGUCGAAUAUGCUGGACACAAAUACCAGAACCGGUGUAUCAUGCUUCCCGGGCAGAUGUAUGAUGUUACAGGGUGGUAUGGCUUCACCAGCGGCCCCCUUUCCCCAGGCAAUGCCCUGCUCUCCCCUGCUAGAGGGGCACCCUAAUCCAAUCACCCCAACCGACUUCAGAUUGGUUACAUCUGAGGUAACAUAAUGUAUUUAUUGGGUUCAGCAACUCACCACCAGCAUCCAACCAAAUCUAGCGGAUCAACAGCGCCACAACUUAGUUCCUGGUUAGCUCGCGAAUUGCUGUAAUCAUGUCCUACACCGUCCACGAGAUGGGGGGCCAUCUCCCAAUUCAACACCCCUCACACACCGAGGGGCCGGCAGGCGGAUUUGAACCCGGAACAUCCGGGAGCAGAAGUCAGGCUUUAACUUCUGCCAGCCACCUGCCCCUGAAGUAUACUUGCAUAGUCUGAGCUGCCAGCGAGCAGCAUAUGUAAUGCUGCCAGCGGCUGCAGGGGAAUUAUCUUUUUGCAAUCGUUCGUCAUUCC